AUGGCCGACCAGCCGCACAGAUUCUUUCAACCGGAUGAAAUGGAAAUCGAGCCGGAAGAUGAUGGUGUCCAUGGAAUCCCCCCGCCGCACGAACGUCCGGAACAGGUACGUAAUGAAUCUAACCGGGGAACAGAUGGUUCCCAGACUUGUCGGGGUGGAAUGUAUCUAUUCGACUUUGAAAAGAUACUGUUGCAAGAGUACUCGCUCAUUUCUAAUGCCUUGUUUUUCAGGACAACCUGUACUUGGACGAACAAUUGUACGAAUUGGACGACCCGCAAGCUGAAGCUCAUCCAGAUGUCAAUAUUUUCGACCAGGUACAUCUUUUAAGUUUGGUUUUCAAAAUUUAUAAGUGAAUUCCAGCUUCUCCAAGUAUACAAUCAACAAGGACUUCACGGAAUUCUUAACAACGUGGAAUUGGGCGCAGAAGUGUUCGGCCCGGCGUUCGCCGAUAUUGCACCGUUUCUCGCUGCCGAAAUGGUAAAUUAAUUGUUGAUAAUGCAUACUUUCUAUACUUUUGAAUUCAUUUCAGAUGGAGAUGGGCGAGGUGUACGCCGCCGAGAGAAACGUGAAUCAGUGA